GUUCCAUUGACAUGGCCCUAGGAACUGUUAGAACAGCUAUGCUAGCAGUCAUUUUUCUGUUAUUUUUUGUAAUUGUGAGUGGUGAAUAUAAGGUGGAAGGGAGAAGAAGCAUAUCUGAAGAAGAAGAUUUUGAAUUUGAAAGACAACUCAGAAUCGUAAACAAGCCUGCUAUCAAAACAAUUAAGACUGAACAUGGAGAUGUCUACAACUGUGUGGAUAUUUACAAACAACCUGCUUUUGAUCAUCCUCUACUCAAAGAUCACAAAAUCCAGCUACCAGAGGGUUAUUGGUCGAGAAUGAAAACUAUGACAAGUAAACCUUCAAAAUAUGGAUUGAUGGAAGGCUGCCCUCUUGGAACAGUACCAAUCCGAAAGAUAACAAAAAAAGACCUAAUAAGAGCCAAAUCUGUCUCCCAAAAAUAUGCUGAAUUUAAUGGUCGAAAAGAAAAAGGAAAAUGUUGUGAGUUUGCAGGGUUUCGAACUAUAAAGACUCCAGGAAGGUUGUACCAUGGGUCUGGAGCCAAUUUCAAUCUGUACAAUCCAUCUGUUCAACCCGGGGAAUUUAGUUCAGCUUUGAUUUCAAUUGAAAGUGGACCUCCGGAUGAGCAAAAAAAUUAUAUCCAGUUUGGAUGGACGGUAAACCCAAUUUUGUAUGGCGAUACCAAAACUCGACUUUUUGCUUUAUGGACGAAAGACAAUAUGCGUACAACAGGUUGUUUCAAUACAUACUGCGCAGGUUUUGUACAUAUCAAUCCAAAUAUACCACUUGACGGCGUCUUCACAAAAAUAUCAGAGGUCCAAGGACGGCAAUUCAAUGUGAGACUUGGAGUGUACCAGGAUAAUAAAACAAAUGACUUCAAUUUUGUAAUUGGUGAAAAAGAGGAGGUAAUUGGUUAUUGGCCUGGAAAUAUAUUUAGUACUUUAACCACAGCAAAUGAUUUUAUUUAUUGGGGAGGACAAGUAUACAGUCCAGACUCGGAAAUACAUAGUCCGCAGAUGGGGAGCGGUAUAUGGCAUGAUGGAUGGUAUCAAGAAACAUGUUACUUCAGAAGAAUCAUAGAACUUGAUGCAACCUACAAAUCUGAGGUUCCCAAUAACGACUACAUACAAAGAUUUGAUACUCGUUGCUAUUAUGCAGAUGAUAAUUCAUAUAAAGAUGAUUAUUGGGGAUACAGUUUUGGGUUUGGUGGCACUGGUGGCUCUCCACAUGAUUGUCGUCGUUAAUAAUUUUCAUCUUCCAUUAUCCUAGACUUGACUAUAAUAUCCAAUAUCCAUAAAGUCUCAAUAAUUUCAAUAAAUUUUGAAAACAAAUUAUUCAUUUCUA